AUGUCUACAGGUGAUAUGUCCCAUGCGCUCGGCAUUCUCCAGUCACUGUAUCAGCACGUGCAGACGCUGGAGGAGUUCGCAGGCAGCAUCGUGUUCAGGGAAGGACAGAGAGCUGUACUCACUGAACAGUCCGACACAGACCGCUUCAAAUCCUUCGUCCGGGGUGUUUUUGUAUGUUUUGACAGGGAACUACAGCAAGUGCCAAGCUGCAAUCAGAUCUGCACUCUCCCUGAGCUGCUGGCCUUUGUUCUCAACAGUCUGAAAAGAAAAAGAAAAAGAAAUGUCUUGGCACACGGCUACAAUUUUCUGUCCGUGGCUCAGGAGGAGCGGGAUGCGGACCACUUCAAAUUCCAAGGAGAUGUAACUCAGAGCGCUGCCUACAUCCACGGCAGCGACCUGUGGAAGAAAGUCACGACGCGUCUGGGCACGGACAUCACACGGUACCUGUUGGAGAGCUGCUCUGUGUUUGUGGCAGUCCCUCCUUCGUGUGUUUUCCAGGUGUGCGGCGUUCCUGUCUAUGAUAGGGUGUCCAUGACGACUGCCUCCCCUGGGUUUUACCUCCAGCCUCGGUCCAGGACACACAACGGUGCUCGGUUUGGAAGGUGUCGAGAUGCGGUGACCUUGAAAAGGAGACAGCAAGUUGGGAAUCCUACUGUCAGCAAGAAAAAGAACAGAAUGCAUGUAAGAGUGAAGAAGGGGAAAAGAAAGAGAGAAACUGAUCAGAAGGAUGAGGAGGAGGUUAUGACUUGUUCAGGAAAGAGGAGAAGGGUUGGAGAGCAAGAGGCCACACAGGAAAUCGGACAGGUUUGCCAUGAAACAGUGGACGCAGGGCAGCCCAUGUCUGUGGAACCAGCGCUAUCGAUUAAGCUUUUGGAAAAUUGCGCUCCUGUUUCCAAACAGCCUUUUGAAUUGCCAACAACCACACUUCCCUUGGAGGGAAGACCUAGUUGGAGAUCAGGUAUUUUCCCACCUUUGCCUCCCUCGCAAACUUUCAUCCGCACUCUGGGAUUCCUGUAUGGGGGAAGGGGCAUGCGCAGCUUCCUUCUCAAUAGAAAGAAGAAGAGCACUGAUGGGUGCAGAAGGCUUCAAGGCCAAGAUUUGGUACGAACAGUCUUCUUUGAGGGGCUGGCGUAUCUAAAUGGGCUUGAGAGGAAGCCAAAAAAACUCCCCCGGCGUUUUUUUAACAUGGUCCCCCUGUUCAGUCAGCUGUUGCGUCAACACAGGAGAUGUCCCUACAGCAGAAUACUGCAGAGGAUGUGCCCGCUGGUGGAGGAGAGAGAUGCAGGACAAGGGGAAUUAAGCUCCCUUUUGCCUCAACACUGUGCAUCUCACCGGGUCUAUCUGUUUGUCAGGGGAUGCCUCUCGGCUGUGAUCCCUCGGGAGCUGUGGGGCUCUGACCACAACCGACUUAAUUUCUUUGUCAGGGUCAGGGGCUUCUUGCGCAGUGGCAAGUUUGAGAAGCUCUCACUGGCUGAACUGAUGUGGAAAAUGAAGGUGAAUGACUGUGAUUGGUUGAAGAUCAGUAAGACAGGCAGGUUCCCGCCCAGUGAGCUCUCAUACCGGACACAGAUCUUAGGUCAGUUCCUGGCUUGGCUUCUGGACGGCUAUGUUGUGGGCCUGGUUCGGGCUUGUUUCUAUGCCACUGAGAGUGUGGGCCAGAAGAACGCCAUCAGGUUCUACAGACAGGAAGUCUGGGCAAAACUGCAGGACCUGGCCUUCAGAGGUCACCUCUCUAAGGGUCAGAUGAAGGAGUUGACUCCAGCUCAGGUGGCGUCCCUCCCCAAAGCCACCGUCAUCUCCCGGCUUCGCUUCAUUCCCAAGACUGAUGGCAUGAGGCCUAUCACACGUGUCAUAGGAGCAGAUGCCAAAACGAGGCUCUACCAAGGGUAUGUGCGGGACUUGCUGGAUAUGCUGCGGGCCUGUGUGCGCUCCACUCCUUCCCUCUUGGGCUCCACAGUGUGGGGGAUGACGGACAUCCACAAGGUGUUGUGCUCUAUAGCUCCGGCACAGAAGGAAAAGCCACAACCCCUGUACUUUGUUAAGGUGGAUGUGAGUGGAGCCUAUGAGAGUCUGCCUCACGAGAAACUCAUUGAGGUGAUUGGUCAGGCUCUGUCACCUGUCCAGGAUGAACUCUUUACCGUCCGCCGCUACAGCAAGAUCUGGGCUGAUUCCCACGAGGGCCUGAAAAAGGCCUUUAUUAGACAGGCAGAUUUCCUGGAGGAUAACAUGGGGUCCACCAACAUGAAAGGGUUUGUGAUGUCACUGCAGAAAAGAGGAAAAGUUCAUCAUGCCAUACUGGUAGAGCAGCAUUUCUGCUCAGACCUUCGUGGCAGAGAGGCAUUGCAGUUCUUCACCCAAAUGCUGACGGGCAGUGUUGUUCAGUUUGGGAAGAAAACAUACCGUCAGUGCCGAGGGAUUCCUCAGGGAUCGGUCGUGUCCAGCCUGCUCUGCUGUCUCUGCUACGGUCAUAUGGAGAACGUCCUGUUCAAAGACAAUACUGGAAAGAAAGGAUGUUUGAUGAGACUGGUGGAUGACUUCCUUCUGAUCACCCCAGAUUUACACGAAGCAGAAGCCUUUCUCAAGGUCUUGCUGGCCGGGGUACCACAGUAUGGUCUGGUGGUCAACCCGCAGAAGGUGGUGGUCAACUUUCAGGUGUCGGGAAGUGCAGACUCUUGUCCCGACAUUCGCAUGCUGCCCCCUCACUGCCUCUUCCCCUGGUGUGGACUGCUGCUGGACACACGCUCACUGGACGUCUACAAGGAUUACUCUAGCUAUGCAGGCCUGUCUUUGCGCUACAGCCUUACUCUGGGCUCUUUCCACUCAGCUGGACAGCAGAUGAAGAGGAAACUGAUGGCUAUCCUUAGGCUCAAGUGCCACGCCUUGUUCUUGGACCUGAAGACCAAUUCUCUGGAGGCAGUCUACAAGAACAUCUACAAGCUGGUGCUGCUUCAUGCACGCAGGUUCCACGUGUGUGCCCAGAGUUUGCCCUUUGGUCAGACGGUUGCUAAGAACCCUAUGUACUUCCUGCAGAUGAUAUGGGAUAUGGCUAAGUAUGCCAUUCAGCUGAUCGGGCUCAGCAACAAAGGACGGAUUUUAGGCAGCAAGGCCCAGACUGGCAUUCUGCAGUAUGAAGCGGUGGAGCUGCUUUUCUGUCUUUCCUUCUUGCUAGUGCUGUCACAACACCGUCCUCUCUAUCAGGAUCUGCUCGCACAUCUGCACAAACGGAAGCGCAGUCUAGAGCGGCGUCUGGGGGACCUGAGGCUGGCCAGGGUCCGGCAGGCCACUAACCCCAGGACCCCAGUCGACUUCUUGGCCAUCCAGACGUAGGAUACCAGCUAAGUUAGAGUGAAGUAUCUCCAUUAAAAAUGCAAGAACAGAGAAUUUUACCCAAGUUCUUUCAAAAUUAAGGUACACAAAACUUUAUUUUUCUUGUCUUCUCAGGGUUUGAGGGAGUGAGAUUAGCAGUAUGCUGAUAAUUUAUCUUAUCUGUCAGAGUGCCAAAGAAAGUAGAUGUAUCUGUUAUACAGUGCUGGGAAAGCUGACAGAGAAAAAGAGAAAAACAGUCCUUAGUCAUCAGAUAUAAAACACUUGCAUGAUAAACCUCAGUCAUAAAAGCACCCUAUAAAACAACAACCAUCAGAUCAAUAAAGAUGGGUAACUGAACACCAUCUAGCCACUUUGCCAGACCCCGUCUCAUCCCACUGUCUGUUGUUUGUCUCUGUGGACUUUGAUUUACACGUGUGGUAAUUUUCCACAAAGAAGACAUGACAUCAUGUAAGUUGCCAGAAAUCCAUCCAACAGCAAAGUCAAAUGAUUUUUGUACAAGAUAAUUUGCUUUCAGGUUUGAUGUUGUACACUGAUGAUAAUCUUUUAAGAAAGCUCUCAGAAAUCACAGGUAAAUUGACUGUAAAGACUACAUUUACGUUCAGCUGUAAGGUUUUGUAAAUGUGGAGUUUCUGGAUGAUGUGUUAAAUUGAACGUUAUUUACAUCUUAUACACUACACGCCAGUGUACAAAGAAAAGGCAUUUACUGUUAAAUAAAUCCAGUUUUGUUAUUGAGGAAACAAGUGUGAGUUUGCCGUAUAUGUCAGCCGUUUUCUGGUCAGGAAGGCUGUAACACGGUUACUUGCAGCGUUUCUCAAGCUCUCUGGGUCUUCUGCUCGUGUGUUUCAAUCUCAAAGCCGUCAUUGCUGUAGGAGUUUGGAUAAGCAUGAGCAGAGGGCUUCUUGAUUCUCCAGCGGAUCAGUUCGUAGAGAGCCACCAGAGGGAUGGAAACUACAGGCACUGCACAGAGGAGGACGAUUAUGGCAAACACCCAGUCUGGGUAGGGCUUCCAUUCAUUGUUUGGGAAAUCUUCCUAAAGAGAAAGACAGCAGUGAAAAUUGCAAUGAAGCAUUAUUCCGUUUUUAAAAUAAAGUUAAUUUGCGAAAUAACUUUAUUCACUUGUUGCAGAGGGAAGAUCGAUACCACUCCCAUAUCUAUGUGCUAAAUAUAAAGCUAGAGCCAAGAGGUGAUUGGCUUAGCAUAAUAACUUACAGUGACUGUGCCAAGCCAAGAAAUACUUCUAUCACAUAACGUCCCAGAAAACCACACCUAAUUUUUACAUUUGAGUUUGUUUAUGGAUUAAACAAAUCACAUCAUACAUAUCAUUAAAACAUAACAUGACAUUAUAAAGCAGUAGUUGUCAUAUUAUUUUUACAUUAGGACAAAGCCAGGCUGCUGUUUCCCCCCUGCUUCCAUAUUUCCAGAAAAAAAUGUAAAAAUAUUCCUUUAAAUGUGAGUCCAAUAGUCUCUCUCUUUUUAGCUCUGCUUUUGUUCUCCCCCAACUCCUGAGGGAAAUAUCUGGCUGCUUAGCUGCUUCACAAUGUUCGCUGGUAACUAACUUUGUCUGCUGCUUGUUGAUGGGUUGGUAGCAUAUCGUCAAUUUAUCUGAGCCUUUUCCUGAAAACAGCCCUGUGGCUGAAAGUUACACUAAUGAGAGUGUACAGCAAUGUCGAGGGGUGUAAAAUCAAAACAAAAAGCUAAAAGAUGCUAAAUUAGUCUAUAGAGCUGAUGGAAAUAGCAAAGUUGGGUAAUAAUUCUCUGUGGGUUUUUCAAUAUAAGUGACCCCUUUCACAUGUAUAUAGUCAUUUGAUCCAUUGUUGAUUGAAAAUGUUGUAGCUGCUUUAAAAAUUUGUAAAAUGUGCCCUUUCUCCUUGAAGUAUUUUUUAUACAACAGCACUAUAUCUUCAGUGUGUGUAUACUGUAUAUAUGUGUAUGUAUGUAUGUAUGUACAAAUACAGUAUGUACACAGUAAACAUAGUGUGUGUGUGUGUGUGUGUGUGUGUGUGUGUGUGUGUGC